GAUUACGCCGCGACGUCAGGUGGCGCUGCGACGUCCGAUCAGCGUCAAAGUGACGUAAACAAACGCACUGAGGAAACAGCAGCAGCAGCGCUUCGGGUGACGCAGACUGUGAAUGGCAGCGUCCUCGUCCUCGUCCUCGGCUGGAGGAGUCAGCGGCAGCUCGGUGACCGGAUCCGGCUUCAGCGCCUCCGAGCUCAUCCCGCCCAGGAAAGUGCUGUACACCUACCCGAAAGGAGCCGGAGAGAUGAUGGAGGAUGGAUCUGAUCGAUUUUUAUGCGAGUCUGUCUUCAGCUAUCAAGUUGCAUCCACACUGAAGCAGGUUAAACAUGAUCAGCAGGUGUCACGGAUGGAGCGUCUGGCCGGACUGGUGGAGCAGCUGGAGGCGGAUGAGUGGAAAUAUAAACCCAUCGAGCAGCUCCUGGGAUUCACGACCUCAUGACUGCAUUCAGGACAGACGGAUCAGUUUCUGUGCCUGUAAACAUAUUCAUAAGCCUGGUUUUGUUUUUGUAUGAUGUUUUGCACUGGUUUAUAAUCGCAAACACUAUGUUUUGUGAUCAUGUGUGUGAAUAUGUGUUGUGUUUUUGGAAUACUUUAACCCCAUGUUUUCACAGUGUUGGUUUUUACACGUAUGGACUCUGAAUACAUGUACAAUAAAGCCUUUUUAAGCACAA